AUGGGCAACCAUCCGUCGUCUGAGAAGUCCGGAAGGAUUCCUCAGAAGCUGCCCAAGUCCCAGGCUGCUGGGACGGACGCAAAACCAAAUGGCGCGAACCAUGUCUCCAACUCUUAUCUGGCCGACCCACCAAGAAAUCCGGAUCUGAGGUCGUCUAAACAGGCCAAGCCGAGACUCAAGGAUCAGCCAAAGCCCCAGGGAGGCCGAGAUGACGCGCCGGUGGACAAUGUUCGCAGACGAAGCGGCAUUGACCAGCACCCGGCGCUUCCUCACCCUCAAGUUGGCGCUGUCAACCAGCAGAAGAUUGCUGGCUUGGGGAAUAACGACACGACAGAUGGGUCGAUGUCUAAUACGAGUAAUAUUCCCACAGUUAUUCGUGGGCAACAUCGGCCGCCGCGGAACCGAUCAGACCAAGCCUACGACCGGGACACUUAUGAGAAGCUGGCCGGAGGACACCAUCCACAGGGCACAUCGAGUACGCCAAUUAGUCGCACGCAAUCCGACGCUUCACUCUACAUCCCGAUCCGCCGGAGGUCCACCACCGAGACACCAGGUGUUGCAACCCGCCUAGAGUCUCCGGUCAAGGCUACUCCAACGAAAAAGAAGGACACCCGAAGCAGCUUGCCACCGGCCUUUUCGUCUUUCAAUUUCGAAGAAUAUGCGAACCAGAUGAAGCGAAGACUGUCGACCCCAUCACCAUUCACGGGACCGGAGAAUCCAAUUCUAGUAGAGACACCCUCUGAGAACGAUUACAAGCAGCUUGGCGUGAUGAAGUUCGGCUCAUUGAGGAUCAUAAAUGGCGGGCCAGUCUCGACUCCGGCCGGGGCCGUGAGCAAUUCAAGUACGUCAGAUGAUGAACAUGGCGAUUACUUUGAUCAACAGCACAGAGGACCUCGUCCCGGAGCUAUGAACACUGAGACGAAAAAGCCAAAGGACGUCAGGAGAGAGGUGCCCAAAGAUUCGGAUUCAUGGCCAAUGGCACCAGGAACAACUCAGACAGAUGAGAAAUCAGCUAGCUCCUCAAACAACUUAGGAUCACAUACCAAUAUGGCGACGAAGAGUGGCCAAACCACAACAGGGUCGAGAGUGAACCGAUCGGACAGUGGCAUAAGCUUGAAACACUCACCCAUAAGGCCCGAUGCACAACAUUCAGAUAGCGGGUAUAGCUCCAGCCUCUCCCUCCGAUCUAUUUUUGGCUCAAAGAAAAAGCGCGAGAUGGAGCAGAGAGCGGCCGAGAAGGAGAAGAUUGAGCAGACGCGUACCCGCCGCGAAGAGCCACAAUCCGCUCCUUCUAUUCAGCAGGUUGCUCAUGGGGUGCGAUCGAACCAAACUCUUUCGGAAAAGCCAGCACUCGGGACCGAACAGGCGCCACACGGAAGUGUGGAAGGGCACAAUUCUGAUGCUAAUCCACAAGGAAUUGCUGCUGCUGCCGUCCUUUCUUCGAAAUUCUCGGCCUCAAGAUCACGCUCAAGUUCUACCCGUUCCAGGGAGGCACACACACGAACAAGCAUCGAAGAGCCAGUUCCUAGGCGUUCGCAAGAGCUCUCGCGUUCAACUUCAAGAGGGAGGCUUAGGGCUGACUCUGGAAAUGCUGUCCCGCAAGGACAUGGGAAGAGCCAUAGGGGGACCCAGCCAAACCAGGCCCAUCCUGUUCCCCCGACCGCACCCGCAAAGUCUCCAGCAAGGACUCGAUCUAAUUCUUCGCGCUCUGGGGAGAAUGGAACUUCUAAAACGAUAGAUGAAGGACCCGGGCUUUCAAAACCAACCAAACUCGAGCGACUUUUUGGUAGCAGGCGGCGAAGCUUGCCUGAUGUGCACUCUACACAACUUCUGAAGAGCCCCCCUCCUCCCAUGCCCACCGAUGCGCAGGAGAAGCUUCGAGAGCACGCAUCAAAUGUUUCAAGAAAGAGUCUUGACCAGAAGCGUACCGCAGAGCCCGGGCAGAAGCAGUCGGGAGCGUCAAAACCCUCGCAUCUUUCUCGUGCAGCUUCAAUGCUUGUUUCCAAAUCCAAGUCGAGAUCACCUGAAAAACACCGGCUCUCAAAACAAUUCAACGAAGACGAGGGGAUAGAUUCUGAAUCUCUCAUAGGGUUUGAGGCUCAAGUUGCAAGUCUUGCAAGUAUUCGUAAGAGCGCUGGGAACAGCGCGUUUGACCAAGCUUUUGUUUCUAUGUCUAUCGAGUACGAGGGCUACGCCAGACUUGAGAGAAACGGGCCCUCUAACAAUGCACCUGUUCCCAAACAUCCAAAGCAGCAACCACGCCUCAGGACUAGAAGGUCUGCCCCCGAAUUUCUCGAAACUGUCAGGGAGUCUGGAAGCUUCAAUGAUCUGGAUAGUUCCCUGGAAAGUCUGCAAAGGGCUCCUCCACCAGUGAGCCUUAAUACCAGAGGCAGCAAGAAAAAGAGGCGGUCGAAACACCAUACCAGCGCCCGUUCCCAGGCUCUCGCUGGAGAAUCUGAGCCGGUGCCACCACUACCCCCGGCUCCGUCGAAGCGCCAAGCGGGCGAUAAGUUUGACCCCCAUCGACAAUAUCUCAGUCACUCCCUACGUACUAUCCCUAUUGCAUCUGCGGAGCACCACAGACGCGAAGAGAGUCCCAAAGAUGCCCGAGAAAGGUCUGGACGGCACAAGUCGAUGCCACCUCACGGCUUCAGCCGUUCUGGUCGAUCGCGACCUUACUUCCCCAAGCCCGGCAUUGAUGGGCCAUCUCAUAUUUCUGGCCAGUGCGCAUCCGACUCGAGCUUGAGCGAGAGCUCUCCGGGUCAACCGGGGGACAGUAGGCCAGAUGCUCCUCCUUACCGAGUUCUGCAUAGCUAUAACUCACCAUCAUAUCGAGGUGUUCCAAUCUGGAGUUCUUAG